AUGUCAAAGCCUAAUCCGGAUCAAGACGAUCGCCUGUGUUUAGCGCAUCUGCCACUGCUCAUUUGGCAGUUCACGGAGAGCAACUUCCCUACCUUUGUACUCCCCAACUCGGGGUUUGGGCUACUUGCAGCUCUAGCGGCACCAAUCCUCACCAGCUGCCUGGAACCUCUCCGACCUAUUGACCUGCUUCUCCGGGGCCUACAGGUCGUGCUCUUCAACUGGGCUAACGUCUUCGUGUUCGACCUAGCCAAUCAACGCCUCCCCGAGUCGAUAGUGGAGGAUCAGUUGAACAAACCAUGGCGUCCGCUGCUCACGAAGCAAAUCAGUCCGGAGGCGACUCGGAGGUUGCUGCUAGGGGCCAUUCCCACCGUGCUGCUCAUUAGCGCUUUCCUCGGAGUGGGGACGGAGAGCUCCUUCAUCCUGAUUCUUACUUGGCUGUACAACGAUCUGCAUGGGGGCGACGAGAUUAUUCGUGAUUUGAUAAUCGCCCUUGGUUACGGUCUGUACUUGUCUAGCUCGCUCAAAAUUGCCAUCGGCCCCCACCAUCACAUUACGGAACAAGGAUACCGCUGGAUUGCCAUGAUGAGCGGCAUUAUUCUCACCACCAUGCAAGUGCAAGACCUGAAAGAUCAGGCAGGAGAUGCGACCCGCGGACGCCUGACCUGGCCUCUCGUAUUGGGGGAUUCAGUCUCACGAUGGAUGAUCACGGGGUUUGUUCUCUUCUGGAGCAUUGCGUGCUCCUUGUUCUGGCGACUUCCGCUGUGGGGAUAUGCAGCUCCCAUGUGCGUCGGGCUUUGGGUGGGAUUCCACGUGGUGAAAAAGCAAAACGACUCGAUGGCCUGGAAAUAUUGGUGUGCAUGGCAGGUUGUAGUCUAUUCCCUGCCUGUCCUUCUCUGGUUACAGCGCUAG